GGCUGGGAGGAGGCACUAUGGCAGGGGGUUGGGCCGGAUUCUCGGAGCAGGAGCUUCGGCGGCUUCAGGGGCAUCGCAAAGAUCCAUCGGGUCCCCUGUCCAAACAGCAGAAUCAAGCACUUUCAGUAAACAAAAGCUGCCAGCGUCUGCAACAGAAAAAGCCUUCUCAGAAGAUAGAAGCAGCAGUGGAAUUGCCAGAUGGAGCAGCUUUGUCACCGUUGGAGAAGAGGCUUACUGUGCCCACUCCAAAAUCACCAUGCGAGCCUCUGGCAUCAACUGAACAACAGGAAACCAGAAAUCAACAGGUGGAAGUUGGUCUUAAACAGUCUUGUAAUGUUGAUCCAACUGCAGCAACAAGUCAUCAACUCGUGAAAAAGAAAAUGGAAUUGCAGGAGAAGUCUCGGUGGGAAAUCCUUCAACAAGAGCAGAAACUGAUGGAAGAAAAAAAUAAACGCAAGAAGGCUUUCCUUGCUAAAGCAAUUGCUGAAAGAUCUAAAAGAACUCAGGCUGAAACAGUUAAAUUAAAGCGAAUCCAAAAGCAGCUCCAAGCUUUAGAUGACAUGGUAUCUGCUGAUAUUGGGAUCCUGAGAAAUAGGAUUGACCAGGCAAGCUUGGAGUAUUCAUGUGCUCGGAAACGUUAUGAUAAAGCAGAAUCAGAGUAUGUGGCUGCAAAGCUGGAUCUCCAAAAGAAAACAGAAGUCAAAGAACAACUCACAGAGCACUUGAGCACAAUCAUACAGCAAAAUGAGCUCCGCAAGGCCAAGAAAUUGGAGGAGUUAAUGAAGCAGCUGGAAGUAGAAGCUGAUGAAGAGAACCUGGAACUGGAGAUAGAGGUAGAGCAAAUGUUGCAACAGCAGGAAGCAGAAGUUGGAAGGCAGGUGGCUGAGGCACAAAAGCUUGCUCCAGUUGGUGUGCAGAAUACAGCUCCCCAGACUUUCAGUAAAGGACAUGAGAAUGAAAGCCUCAGAAACGUUAAUGGAGCAGCCUAGAAAUUCCCAUACAAAUGACCAAAGUCACACAGUAAACUUUGGUUCUGAAGAAAUUAUGGUUCAUCUGGAACAUGUCUGAUAACUCAUCUUUGAUUGUUCGUGUCAUAGAAGCACUGGCAUAUAAUGACAAGAAGCCUUUGAAUUUGUGCAGUUUUCCAGUCUCUAUUAUUAUUAGAUUCAUGGUUUAUAUAUACAAAUGAUCUUUUUCCCCUCUCCACCUUUCCUUCUUGCAUGUGAUCUAUUAUGGAGGGAAAGGAUAAUGAUAUCUACAUAAUAUUUAAAAUGCAAAACACCGAGCCAGUAGGAGUGAGGAAUUGUGUAUAUCUUGCAUGAUAGAAGAUCUCACUAGAUCCUACAUUAUUGGCUUAGACACACACACAAGUUUUAAAUGACACUCGUUUUUCAAUGUUUACAAAUGAAUAUAAAAGGAUAUGGAUGAGUGAAUCAAAGAGUGUAUCAGAGUGUGCCCCAUUUUUGUCCUUUGCCCCCAAUGUGAUUCUCCAGCUGGCAAACAUUUUCUACCCUUGUUAGUGAUUCUGUUAAAAAAAAAUGGUUGGGCCAUUAAUGAUUUCUCCUUUAAAUUAAGUGUUUCUGGACUAAACCUAAUUACUGAGCAAUAAAAAGGGGAAAAUACCUUCCAAUAUUUUAAAUGUAUUAUUAUUAAUUAAAAUAUAAACAAACAAACAUUGCAAUCAGUAGCAAACAAACAAUGGCAAACACACAUUUAACACUGUGUUAAAUUCAUAUUUGGAUUCUCCAGAUUUUCUAGUGAUUUAAUUAUUUCACCUUUUUGUUUUAUUCAUCCUUGCCUGUUUCUCUACUGUUCAUGUGUUGUUGAAGUGUUAGUCCGUUGUCCUUACUUGCAUAAUCAAUCAACAUGUGCCAAAUUUCAAUAAAAAUGUCCCUGCUCUUAAGAAUUGGGUUAGUUUUUCUUGUAUUGCCGCGUUCUGCAA